CACAAAGCCGACAGAGCUAGAGACAGCGCGCAAGUAUCGUGAAUGUGCGCCAGCAUGGCGUCCGGUGAGUUCAUGUAUACGGCGCUGACCGACGGUUGCUAUGAUGAUCCGUCUCAGCUUUCACAGCUGCUCGCAGGUGGCGACUCCAGCAAAAGCAAAAACCAAUUCCGCCAGUCGCUUUUCCAAUUCAACGAAACUGCACAAUCGCACACGCCAACCACCGCCGACGACGUGGGGUAUACUCAACAGCAGCACGACAACCCUAAUCCGUCGCCGUCUCGACGCGUCCCACUCAACCCGGGAUAUGUGCAACCAAAACUCCCCAAGCAGUACUCAGCGCCGGUCAGCACUGCAAUAGAUUUUGCGGCCAAGCGCGACGUCGUGAAAAACAUGUUCAACACGUUCGACGUCGCCAUCGGCGCUGAUGCUCCCGGCGAUACCCAGCCCGACAGCCAGAUGUUCAGGCAGUACACCAGCGGCAUCGUAGAAAGCCAUAGCAACGCUGUUCCCGGGCCACACUAUGCUGUUGCAACCCCCGAAGAGCCUGCUGGCGAGAUCGAAAUCCAAGGCUCAAGCCAGUCGCAGCGCAGUCCAACCAUCACGAGCCCAACCGUCCUGCACGAGGACCGUGUUCACGAUCCACUCACGAGCCCGCUCAAGUUCGAAACCCCAGCAGUUGCUGGCCGCAAACGAGAUAGCCAGGGCCAAAUCAUCAGUCCUGCAAUCGAUACCACGCCAGCGACGGCGAUCUCAGCAUCGGCUAUCUUUGGAUUUGGAACGACAGACAAUGACAAAGGGAUGUCCUUGACACAGGCUUUCAAUGCUACACAAGCCAGGACUUCGCCUAUAGUGGGCGUUCCUACUGAAGAUCCAGUCUUUCAGCGGCCUUCUCCCAACUUCAAGCGACGUUCAAGCCCGCCAUUGGCCAUGUCGAGUCCCAUCAAGAACAAUGCCAAGAUCCUGACAUCUAGUCCAGCCCUCCGAUCGUCCAGCGAACCCAGAGCGGAUUAUGAGACUAUGAAGCAAUCGCAAGAGCGCCGAUCACACGUUUUAUCAGUUCCCGAACGUCAAGAUAGUUGGGAUACGCCCACUUCAGCAGAGAUCCGCUUCAACAAACGUAGAGAGAGACAAAUACAAGAAGCUGAAGCGGCCAAGUCCCUCGCAAUCGUGUCUGCACCAUCGCCCACAAUCCGCCGUGGUAGGAGACGCCGAACAUUGCUGACAAGCAGGCUCUCAUCCCCACCAAGAAAUACAUCGUUGCGCGGUGGGGUAUAUGAUGGCCCUAAUGACUCUGAGGAUGGAGAUUCUCCAGAUGAGCUGUCACAGGAUAUUCCUUCCACCCGUGGAAUUGCAGACGAGGAAAGAGAUUCUGUCGUGUCGAACCGGGUGGAGGUGCCUAACACGUCCUCUCACUCACUCCACGCGCCCUCAGGGCAUGCAAUCGUCAGUUUGACACAACCCGACACGCCUGCAUCGCAACUUGCGCAUGCGUCACAGUUUAAAACGCCUUCUUCCAUCCUUUACCACAAAUCCGUCGCAAAAGUGAAGAGCAGCAAAGAAAGUGAGAUUGUCAUGGACUCGCAGCCGGAGCCUGAAACAGGUUCACCUGUCCCAACCCAUCCCAGAGAGCUUCACAUCCCAUCGACUCCGUCCGUCAAUCAGUACAGCAUCAAUCAAACAACGAUGAUUGGCCAUACUGGAUACACAAGUCAAGUAUCGCAAUCCUCAGCCGCUCCCAUGCCGCCUAGUACGCAAGUUUCAGACGAAUUGGAGGAAGAAGCUCCACUAGAAAAUUCUCGUGUUCCGAGUAGCCCCCCUUUACUCCUAACGGGAGAAGAGGAAAGCGUAACUUAUGAUGAACAUGCGUACGAUGAGGAUCACGAUAACACCUAUGAUACGGGAGACGCGCAACCGACCCAAGAAGACGUUGUUAUGGAGGAUGAGGAUGAUCUCCCUGUGGCUGUACCAGAAGACGGCACAGUGAAACCUGAUGCAAACAUAGCCGAAUCCAACACUGGUCCAUUCCACGGUGACGAGAUCCCUGAAACAUUGGAACAAGAAGAAAUAACAGAUGUGCAUAAUGAGGAGGAAGAGCUUAUUCGUUCUAGUCAUCCUCAGCAAGACGUGGACAUGGACGCCAGAGAACGAGCUCCACCGUCUCGCAUCCAUCGCCAGUCGACUGUACCCGAGACAGAUUUACUUGAGGAUACCCAGCCGCCCUUUUUUCCGCAGCCAGAAGGUUCAACGAUCGAUACUAAUAGUACGGUUCUCUAUCACACGGGAAAAGAAGACCAAUCUGCUUUACAGCCCACUGAAGGCUCUGUGGCAAGCUCAGAUGAGAUUGCUAGUAUACAGUCAUCACAGCUACCUGUCACUCGAUCUCUACUCGAGAUAGCAAACCAGCCCGGCACACAACGCUCCACUGACAUUGCUGAUAUUGAAGUACCGCAAUUGAGCUUCAUAGAAACCGAUGACAGCACCGACGUUCUCAUGUCUAGAUCAUCCAGAUCGUCACCUGUCCGUCCCAUGAAAAAGCGCAAGGUUACAUACCGUGCGAGACAGGCAUUUCGUACCCCCACCAAGGAAAGUGGUUUGUCAUUUGACCCCCAAUUCCCGUCCAGUGGCAAGGAGGAUGCUUCAGACUUAACUCCCACUGCAUCCAUCACUUUAAAUCGAGAACAGGAGCAACUAGGGGCAUUGGCCGCUACACGAGCUCGGGAGCGAGUCGUCCAUGGGCAAUCGGAAGCGCCUCUAAGGCCAAGGGCAAUCGCCAAAAGCCGCAGUUCUGAGAUACUUCGUAAAGGUGCUUUGAAGCCUGUCAGGAAGAGUCUCUUGGCCCAAGCCCCGAGCGGGUUAUCGCCACACCAGGAAAACGUUAUUACUGAACCCCGAGCGCUUGUUACGGAGCUGCAUGGAGUUGAUAAAGAUUCAAAUGAAGGCGAUAACAGACGUGCGGAGCCAUCAGGCGUUAUUAUGAGAACCGUUGUCAUCGAGACCACCUCCAACACUGGCGAAGCCCCUUCAGGAGAUCACAUCACUCCCAACCGUGUAUUCGCAUAUUGGCCUGGUAGAAACUUUUACCCCGCUACAUGCCUGGGGAAUGUCGAUGUACGCAGUCUGCAUAUUCGGUAUGACGACGGCAACGACACAACACUUGAGCAUACCCAAGUCCGUGCUCUUGACCUGCGUCUUGGCGACCAAGUCAAGGUCGAUCAGACCGGCAUGAAGAAGCAGGCAUACGUAGUUGUUGGCUUCAAGGAUAAGAUCAGCGUAGACGACGUCGACAAGCUGCAUUUUACGGAUCGCUACGGUUAUGCAACAGUAGUUCUAGAGGAAAAAGGACGUGACAGUCUGUCCGGUGCUCAGACUGAGACCACAAAGUAUUACAAUGUGCCUAUGGGAUAUAUCUAUCUGACCACCACACUUUGGGGUAGAUUACGCGACAGAGUGUACAAAUACUCACCACCAAAUCCCUCCACGGUGUCCGACCUUCGAGCUAGUACGCCCGUUGCAACGCAUGGUUCGACUUUACUGACUCCGACUAUGAGUAGACGAGGCGGUAUGGGUCAAUCUAUGUUACGAGAUCCCACAGCUCGCGCCGCUUCUGUCGCCUCGUCUGUUCGAUCCAAUGGCACAGCCUUCUCUAGAAUGGCUUUUGCUAUUACUCUCACCAAAGCAUCUUCUGAUAAGGAUUCUAUUGUGAAACUGAUCACAUCUAAUGGGGGUCGAAUCAUUGAGAACUUCGACGAUCUUUUCGAUACAACUGGCAAAUUCGAAGACGAUCCCAAAACCGUCUCUGGUCUGCCGAUAGAUGGCCUGGUUCUCAAGCAAGAACACAAAGAUCUCAGUUUUGUAGCUUUGAUCUCAGACGCACAUUCCCGCCGCUUAAAGUAUUUACAGGCCCUCGCACUCAACAUCCCUACUAUCCACGUCCGUUGGAUCAACGACUCUCUAAACGCGUCUUAUAUUCUCCCUUUCGCCAAGUACCUACUUCCCUCCGGCGCAUCAACGUACUUGGACCCUGCCGGCGUCAUCAUUUCCCGCGUUAUGCCUCUUUACAACCCUACUUCCGAUGAGGCGUCUUUUGUACAGACCCUGAAACAGCGAUCGCUCUUGCUGGAACACGACUCUGUCCUUUUCAUCACCGGCAAGUCUAAAGCGGAAAUCGACAAAACGCAACCGUACAUGUUUCUUACGCAUGCAUUGGCCCCUGUUGAUGUGGGACUGUGCAAGGAUUUUCAUUCAGCCCAAGAUAUGAUUGCUACAGGCGAAUGGGACUGGGUUUAUGUUCAUGGGGGUGCCAAUGGGGUUGAAGAUGCCGCUGCAAUCCUUUUUGGCGACGCAACAAUUCCGGCAUUGAUCAAGAGACGAAGCUCUGCCGCAGUGGGAAAGAAGCGAAAGAAGGAUGAGGAAGCCGCUGAACCUCAGACGCUCAUCCGAUUCGGUGAAGUGGGAAACAAGAAAGUAAGACUCAUCUGUGAUGAGUUUGUGAUUCAGAGUCUUAUUCUGGGAAAUUUGGUCGAUGAGUGA